AUGGCAGAGGUUCCCAGACUUGAUUUUUCCCGGUUCAGCCAGGGCACAAAACAGGAAAAAGAGGAGUUUGGAGAGGCGCUGACAAAGGCUCUCAUCGAGCAUGGGUUCGUCAAGCUGGUAAACCAUGGCAUUGCUGAUGAGGCAGUCGUAAACUUACUAGAACAGUCACGCAAAUUCUUCAAUCUGCCUGCGCCCGCCUUGCAACGGAUUGCUUGUGUUCCAGGCCCAAACCCACAACGUGGCUGGUGCGGACAAGGCACUGAGCUAGUGUCAAAAACACGCAAGGAGAAUUACGCAGGGCACGACGAUGUCACCAAACUGAUGGAUGCUCGGGAGCAUUUUGACGCAGGGCCGCUCGAAGAUGCACAAUUUCCCAACCUAUGGCCCGACGAAAACGACCUGCCAGGCUUCCGCGAGACCAUCGCAAACCACUACCAGAUCUGCAAAAAGGUAGCCCACCAGCUCAUGGCCGCCGUCGAGAUUGGCAUGGGCCUCUCCGCCGGCGUGCUGGUGGACCGCUGCCGCCAAGAAGCCAGCGAGAUAUCCCUGAACCGGUACCCGCAGAUCGCCAGCGAGACGCUGGCCGAGGGCCACACGAAGCGCAUCUGGCCGCACACCGACUACGGCGUCAUCACGCUGCUGUUCCAGGACGGCGUCGGCGGGCUGGAGCUCGAGGACAGGACCAGGCCCGGCGAGUUCCUGCCCGUGACGCCGACUGCACCGGGAGGCAGGGCCGAGAUGGUCGUCAACGCCAGCGACACGUUUGAGCGCUGGACCAACGGCGUCGUCAGGGCCGGCCUGCACCGCGUCACGCUGCCGUGCGACGAGAAGAGGGCCGUGGUGCCCGAGCGGUACUCGUGUGCCUUUUUCCAAAAGGCGAGCCGGGAGACGUCGGCCGGGCCGCUGCCGCAGUUUGUGACCGAGGACAACCCGGCGCGCUACGAUGAGAUUACGGCGUUGCAGUUCCAGCAGCGCAGGAACCGGCUGCACUAUUAG